CUCGGAGACGGAACCUCCUUACGGCAUAAAUGUCCGAGGUAACGCUUAAAGAGUUAAUAACAGCAGCUUCACCUGCAUCCCUAUUUGAAUGGCUCAACCCGCACUUGGAUCGCGGUAUGAAAUAUGUCUACCCCAAGUAUCUCUUGCCAUUGUUCUUUGGAACUCACUUACUCGUCUUCUCUGCCGUAAAUAUUUUCCAUCCGUACCUGUACAAAGAGGAGAUUCCUCAUUUCAAUCAGGUGUCACAUUACGCCCGAGGUGAUUUUGAAUAUCAUGACGAGAAUAUUCAUACUCCAACUCUAUGGCACUACGUAAUAUCCAUCCCAUUCUACCUCCUUGGUAUCACCCCGACUCUAUCUGCUCUCCGCCUCACAUGCCUUUUCCAAGCCCUUCUCCUUCCUACAGUCCUCACAAUCAUACUCACCCCUACCCCUUUCCCAACCCCAUUUUUCCUACGUCGUUUCGUCAAUGCGUUCUGCCAGCCCAAAGAAUACGCUGUCGCGAUGGGACUCAAUUCCAUUGGUGUCUUGAUGAUAUCGAGGUUCACGCCCGGAAUCAGCUGCCUACUCGGACUUCUGGUCCUGUGGAGAUCUGUGGCGAAAAGGAGAUAUUGGAUAGGGGCGGGGGUGGCAGCGGUUGUAGGGAUAAUGAGAGCCGGGGUCAUGGUUUGGACUGUUUUUGUUCUUGGAUGGGUAGCUUGGGAAAUUGCUGUGACUGACAGGGAAAGAAAACAAAGAGCUUAUAGCUAUUACCCAUAUCUGUUUACGCUAGUCAUAUGGUGGUUUGUAUGGCGCCAACAAAACAUUCCAUUGGACUGGUCUGGGUUUGGUGACCUUUAUCCUUUGAUGCUACUCACGCACCCUAUGUUUCCCGUCUUGGCGCCAUAUAGCCCUCUCUUACUGAGGAAACACCUCCGAUGGACCCUUCUUUGGGCCUUUGCAACCCUCUGCACAUACGUCGUUUCGGAUAAUACCCCGAGCAGAGCAGGUGCUACCAUUGAUCAAUGCCUUCCCCUCAUCAUCCUGCGCCUGUUUCUACUUUUCAUUGGUGGUAAGCCUGAGAAGUCUGCUCCGGAGGCUGAAAAGGAGGAUGGGGAUGAACAGCGUGCGAGGGCUGCAGGUCGAGGGUUGGAAGCUCGAGAGCAGGUCAAAGGCGAUACAUCCUCGGAGGAAAGACGGCCGCCGCAGACAGCAGGGACCGCAGAGGAGGGCCAUAGGAGAGGACAAGGAUCGCAGCAGCAAAAUAUGGGACGGAUAGAGAUUGGGUGGUAUACCUUGAUUAAUCUUGUAGCAGGCUCUCUUCUUCUCGUCAUAGACACACAGAGCAAUAGACAUGGACACUAGUCCUCUAAGAUGAAAUCAUAUAGUCCAUAUUAUCUUACACUGGCCCACUGUUA